AUGUUCGCUUUUGAGUAUUUCACUGGCCAUCUCUUACGGCUUGCUCAGAACGAUCCGCCUCUACAAAUCACCAAAAGGAUUCUUAAAGAUGCCCUCCGUGGGCUAGCGGAGCUCCAUUCCCGGGAUAUUGUCCAUACAGAUAUUAAGGCAGAUAACAUAUUCAUCGACUGGAAAGGCAAUGGCAAGGAUACCAGUGUUGAGCGAGUUCAGCUGGGAGACCUUGAAGAUGCUGCUUACAUUCCUCCCGGGUCAGCGAUGAUUGGAAAGCAAGCAGGAAACGAGAUGUGGAGGAGUCCCGAAGCCCAUGCAUCAGGGCCUGUGAAUAAACCAUCUGACAUCUUCUCUUUUGCUCUUGUCUGCAUUUAUGCAGUACACAAACGGGUCAUCUUCGCGGUCGGGGAAGAGGAGUUGGAGGAAAGGAUAAACCCAUUGUCUAUUAUAAUAGAACGGCAAAUUUCAUACUUUGCAAAUGAAGAUGGAAUAAAUGGGCUUGUGAAAUACCUAGGAGACAGUCCUUGGGUCCACAUUUUCCAAGUCAUCCGAGAUGGCUUCAACAGCGACAACCCACGUAGGCCGUUUGCUCUUUGGAAGGAUGUUGAUGAGGACUUUAAGAGCCUUAUUUGUGGCAUGACGAAUUUAGAUCCAGAGAGGAGAAUCACUGCCGAUGAGGCGCUGGCACACAAGUGGUUUGAAGGAGUUUAA